AUGCAUGUACCCACCAGUCUCCACACCCCAUGCAUGUACCCACCAGUCCCCACACCCCAUGCAUGUACCCACCAGUCUCCACACCCCAUGCAUGUACCCACCAGUCCCCACACCCCAUGCAUGUACCCACCAGUCCCCACACCCCAUGCAUGUACCCACCAGUCCCAACACCCCAUGCAUGUACCCACCAGUCCCCACACCCCAUGCAUGUACCCACCAGUCCCCACACCCCAUGCAUGUACCCACCAGUCCCCACACCCCAUGCAUGUACCCACCAGUCUCCACACCCCAUGCAUGUACCCACCAGUCCCCACACCCCAGGCAUGUACCCACCAGUCCCCACACCCCAUGCAUGUACCCACCAGUCUCCACACCCCAUGCAUGUACCCACCAGUCUCCACACCCCAUGCAUGUACCCACCAGUCCCCACACCCCAUGCAUAUACCCACCAGUCCCCACACCCCAUGCAUGUACCCACCAGUCUCCACACCCCAUGCAUGUACCCACCAGUCCCCACACCCCAUGCAUGUACCCACCAGUCUCCACACCCCAUGCAUGUACCCACCAGUCCCCACACCCCAGGCAUGUACCCACCAGUCCCCACACCCCAUGCAUGUACCCACCAGUCUCCACACCCCAUGCAUGUACCCACCAGUCUCCACACCCCAUGCAUGUACCCACCAGUCCCCACACCCCAUGCAUGUACCCACCAGUCCCCACACCCCAUGCAUGUACCCACCAGUCUCCACACCCCAUGCAUGUACCCACCAGUCUCCACACCCCAUGCAUGUACCCACCAGUCCCCACACCCCAUGCAUAUACCCACCAGUCCCCACACCCCAGGCAUGUACCCACCAGUCCCCACACCCCAUGCAUGUACCCACCAGUCCCCGCACCCCAUGCAUAUACCCACCAGUCCCCACACCCCAGGCAUGUACCCACCAGUCCCCACACCCCAUGCAUGUACCCACCAGUCUCCACACCCCAUGCAUGUACCCACCAGUCUCCACACCCCAUGCAUGUACCCACCAGUCCCCACACCCCAUGCAUAUACCCACCAGUCCCCACACCCCAGGCAUGUACCCACCAGUCUCCACACCCCAUGCAUGUACCCACCAGUCCCCACACCCCAGGCAUGUACCCACCAGUCCCCACACCCCAUGCAUGUACCCACCAGUCCCCACACCCCAUGCAUGUACCCACCAGUCCCCACACCCCAUGCAUGUACCCACCAGUCCCCACACCUCAGGCAUGUACCCACCAGUCCCCACACCCCAUGCAUGUACCCACCAGUCCCCACACCCCAUGCAUGUACCCACCAGUCCCCACUCCCCAUGCAUGUACCCACCAGUCCCCACACCCCAUGCAUGUACCCACCAGUCCCCACACCCCAUGCAUGUACCCACCAGUCCCCACACCCCAUGCAUGUACCCACCAGUCCCCACACCCAAUGAGCACACUUGGGCCUUCUGA